AAGUGACGUCAGGAGGCAGCGGGAUGGAGGAUCUGCUGGAACUGGGCGAGGAGUGGCGCCGCGGCUCGGCUGCCUCCGGGCCCAAGAUGGGUCGCCGAGCUCAACAGGAGCCAGCUCAGGCCGAGAAUCACCUUAGUGGCAAGAAUUCCUCUUUGACUCUGACUGGAGAGGCUCCCCCUCCUAAACCACCCCGCCGCAGACAGGGAGGCUGGGCAGAUGAGUCCAUGAAGACUUCAAAGUUAGGAAGGAAGAUUUCUGAAGAAAUAGAAGAUUACCGCCUCAGACAGCAGAGCCUGGAUGGAUCAGAUGACGGAGGAGAUAUUCCUGUUAUUCCGGAUCUGGAAGAAGUACAGGAAGAAGACUUUGUUUUGCAAGUGGCAGCCCCUCCCAGUGUCCAGGUGAACCGGGUGAUGACCUACCAUGACCUGGACAAUGACCUCAUGAAGUACUCGGCCUUCCAGACCCUGGAUGGCGAGAUCGACCUGAAGCUCCUCACUAAAGUCCUUGCACCAGAGCAUGAAGUUCGAGAGGAUGACGUCAGCUGGGACUGGGACCAUCUGUACACUGAGGUGUCUUCGGAGCUCCUUGCCGAGUGGGACCUGCUACAGUCAGAGAGAGAGGACCCUGCGGGGCAGCCCAGGCACUCCUGAACCCGUAACCUCCACUCUGCAGCAAGCCUAAAACUACACAUGCUUGCAACCAGCUUAGGAUUUUUACAUGGAAUAUUUUGUAAUAAAAAUAUUUAUUUUCGGUAAACCACAUUGGAUCAUUCGAUGGAAAUAAAUUGCUUUAUUCUGUG